AUGGGUUAGAACAACUCAUUUUCGUAAGAUGCAAAUGAUAAAGAAAUAAAAGAGACCACGAAUUAAACAGAUCUUGCAGAUCACGUCUAAAAGAUUUAAGACAGAAAUUAAUAUCCUAAAAAUGGACAUGCAUCUUUUUACAAUGAUUAAAAUCAACCAAUUUUAGAUUACCAUAAUAACUAAAUUAAGAAAACUCAUAAUGACGGUAAUUAGAAUGGGUAGGCAAUGAGCUAAUCAAUACCUAAUUUAAAAAGUUUUGUUGAAUCAAGAAUGAAUAAUGAAGAUGAAGAGGUAUAAAGAGGCUCCGACGUGAAUCUAAAAAAACCACAAUUUCAAAGACAUGGAGCUAAAGUGUUGAAAAAUGAUGGCAAUUAUAAGAAAAAUCUAUUCUCUGCAAUGACUACAAGAGUUAUAAGAUAAUAAUAGGAACAGUAGCUUAAUAACAGCUAGUUAUAUUCCUAGAGAAGUUUGACUUCGCUCCAUAAUCAUAACAUCAAUAAUAAUAGUGAAACUAAAACCGCACUACAAAGAAGCUAAUCGCCUAACAACAUUUACAAUCCUUAUCAGAAUGGCUUACAAUUAGAUAAUGAAACAUUCAAUUCCCCAGGUACAAUGAAAAAGUAGUAUAGUGCUGGAGCAAAUCAAUCUGAAUAAGAUUAAAAAUAAUUUCAGUUUAGCAAACAAAAAUAGCAUGAAUUAAACUUAAGUAUUUAGCUCCCAUCUCAAGAUUAUUAGUUCAGCUAAAUGAAUUAAAAUCAAGCAUUGCCAUUAUAACAAAGUAGUCUAAAUAAUUUUGGCAUGAAUAAAUAUUCUUAUGAUUAGCAAAUGAGUAGCAGCUUUAGUUUGUAGCCCACAUAUAUAAAUGGAGGGUACUCCUAUUAAGAUCAAACAAGUGAUCAAUUUGCAACUAGUUACCUUUAAAAGUAGUUGAUUACUAAUUAUGAAAAAGCAAGAAAUUUAGAUCUGCAAUAAAGACAAAGAAAAUCACCGGAUAGAGGGAAACCGAAUCAAUUAAGAAACGAAUAAUAAGUUAAAUAUGAAAGCUUAAAUUUAUCACGUUUGCCUCAUGCAAAUGGAGGCAUUUAAGUUGAAAAGGCUCGUUCAUAAAAUAGUUAUCAGCAAAUAUUAAUGGAUGUACAGUACCUAUAGGAAUAAUAUUCAACUCCUUAGUUAUAAAUUUAAACAUCGCAAUUAAGUGCGAAUAAGGAGAGAGAAUAAUAGCCAACUCAUUAUAAGAUAAAAAUUAAAGGCAACGGAAAUAAAUAAGACUAAUCUAUUUUAAUGAUGUCUACCAGGAAAAGCACUUAGCAUUUUUAUUAGAAAAGGGAAAUCUAAUUUGGCGGCAAUAAUUGUCCACUAGAUAAUUAAAUUGUCAUGACAAUACUUCUCUUCGACAUGUAAAACUUUAGGAAAUACAUUUGUCUCACGCCAUAAUGGCAUCACAGCAUACUCGAAGCUAUGGAUGAAUACUUCAAGUAAGUUGAAUGCAAUUUUGUAAUGAAAAAUUAUGAAUAUAUAUUGUUCAAAAAAUCCUAUACAAACUCAUCACUUAUACAUUUUUGUGGAUAAAAGGGAAUCAGAGUAGAUAGGGUGUUAGUUUGUGAAGUUUUAAAUAACGCUAAGAUGCUUAAUAAAUGCCUUAGAAUCAGUUACUCAUUUAAGUAUCUUUAGAAGGACAAAGUAAGCCAGUCUUUUUAUGCUGAUUAUAAAAUGGAUGUAAAGAAGGCCAAUUCAGAAAGAAUAGUUUGGAUACACAAAGAUGAGUAAGAGUAAUUAAAUUAGCAAAGACAAUAUUAAUUUUCACCUGAUGUAGCUUAGAUAAUUAGCAGACCAUAUAUUUAGCCUAUUACGUAGAUUUGCUAAAAAGACACAAUUGAGAUAGCAAUAAAUCUCUACUGCCUUCAAGGAAUAGUAGAUAUUGAAUCAUUAGAAUGGCUAGACUGCGACAUGACAAUUCCACCUAAAGAAAAUGUGAUUUCUUAUGAUAAGGAUGUAAAAAUGCGGGCAGCAAAGGACAAAGCUUAGAAAAUUUAUUGUGACAUGAGCAGGAUAUGUGAAUUAGAAGAUGCAGUAGUGGAGUGGUAUGAUAGCAGGUACUUCUAGAGAUAAAAAGAAUUGAUAAAUCUAGAUUUUCUAUUCGACCUAUUCACAAUAAAAAAGUAUGAAUGUGCUGGUAUUGAUGGCCUUAUAUCUAAAAUUCAAUUAUAAGCAACAAAAGAAGGACGACUGGUAAAUGAAUUUCUCGGAAUUCCACUUGUUGUUAAAGAUACAAAGGCCAAAAAUAACUCUAGGAGAAUCGAUGAUGAUCUUGGGCUAGUUAAUGAGGUCAAAAGACUUGGUCUUCUAAUUGACAGAUAUGUCGAUUUAGAAUUAAGAAUCGGUGAUACACUAGUCAUCUAUAUAUCCAGAGGAUAAUUGUGA